AUGCUAUCCCUUCACAUCGUCCACCCCCUUGACGCACCGUCGCCCUCGCAUCCCCCGUUUCCCCAUCGCCCUUGCCCUCCCAACGCCCUUACCCCGGUCCCCUCUCGUCGAUUUCUUGUCAACGUCGUGGGGCCACAUUCCGACGCUUCGUACACCACUCCGCGCUCCUCUCGCCUCACGGUGCGCGCUCCUCUCGCCUCCCCGCGCGCGCUCCUCACGCCUCCCCGCGCGCGCUUCUCUCGCCUCCCCCGCGCGCGCUCCACCCCGCGCGCGCUCCUUUCGCCUCCAGCGCCGCAUCUUCCCGCCUCCCCGCGCGCGCUUCUCUUGCCUCCCCGCGCGGCCUCCUCUCACCAUCGCCAGCGUGCUCUGCUCGCCAUGGCCUCGCGUGCUCCUCUCGCCUUGAUAGCGCGCGAUUCUGUCGCCUCCCCGCGUGGCCUCCUCUCACCAUCCCGCGCGUGCUCCUCUCGCCUCCCCUCGCAUGAGAGGCGAGCCUUUAUAGCGCGCGCUUCACUUGCCUCCCCGCGCGGCCUCCUCUCACCUCCCCGCGCAUCCUCCUCUCGCCGCCUCACGCGUGCUUCUCUCGCCUCCCCGCGCGAACUCCUCUCGCCUCCCCUCGUGUGCACCUCUCACCCCCCCUCUACCGCCCUUCUUUCCUCCCCGUGCAGCCUCCUCUCACCUCCCUGCGCGUGCUCCACUCGCCUCCCCUCGCGUGGUCCUCUCACCUCACCUUGUGUGCUCCUCUCGCCCCCCCACGCGUGCUCCUCUCUCCCCAUCUUGCGUGCUCCUCUCGCCUCCCCACGCGUGCCCUCUACGAUGCGUGAGGGGCUUCACCUCCCGUCUCCUCACUGCCUCUCUGCGUCUCGCGACAGCCUCUGUGGGGUGCUCCUCUCUCCUCACCUCCCGUGGUCCACUCUGACAGGGCAUGGUGCUCCUCUCCUCUCGCCUGCAGUGCUCCACUCUGGAAUGUGGGAUGCUCCUCUCUCCUCACCUCCCGUGCUCCACUCUGGAAUGUGGGAAGCUCCUCUCUCCUCACCUCCCGUGCUCCACUCUGACAGGGUGCUCCUCUCUCCUCACCUCCCGUGCUCCACUCUGACAGGGCAGGGUGCUCCUCUCACCUCACCUCCCGUGCUCCACUCUGACAGGUGGGGUGCUCCUCUCUCCUCACCUCCCGUGCUCCACUCUGAGCAGGUGAGCUUUCACUCUUCAAUGAGCCUCCGUGCUGCUGAGGUGACUUGUGAGCCGACUCAAAAGUCACCCCGUGCUGCUGAAGCCCGCUGCUGCUCGCUGGGCGCUCGUGUUUGUCGGGGUUUCUGUUAA